AUGAAGUACGUUCUUGUGUCUGGAGGUGUGAUUUCCGGCAUUGGAAAGGGCGUCAUUGGUACGUUUCAAUACGAAUCAUUGGGGAAUAACAUAAGUCAUAAAUUGAGUGCUAUGCUGAUGAAGUGGUUGCACAACAGCCUCUUCCACUGGCUUAACGUCACAUCCAUCAAAAUCGAUCCUUAUAUGAACGUCGAUGCCGGAACCAUGGCCCCUACCGAGCAUGGAGAAGUCUUUGUUCUCGACGAUGGCGGAGAAGUGGACCUCGACCUCGGAAAUUACGAGCGCUAUCUCAACAUCACACUCACUCGCGAAAAUAAUAUUACCACGGGCAAGGUCUAUCAACAUGUCAUUGAGCGUGAACGCAAAGGCGAUUAUCUCGGAAAGACUGUACAAGUCGUACCACAUUUAACCGAUGCAAUUCAAGAUUGGAUUGAGAGAGUUGCGCAAAUCCCAGUUGAUGAUACAAAGGAGGCUCCGGAUGUUUGCAUCAUUGAGUUGGGUGGUACCGUUGGAGAUAUUGAGAGUGCCCCUUUCAUCGAGGCUAUGAGACAAUUGAAGAGAAGAGCUGGAAAGGGCAACUUCUUGCAAAUUCAUGUCUCUUUAGUGCCGGUCAUUCAAGGCGAGCAGAAGACGAAGCCAACACAACAGGCCAUCAGAGACGUUGGUAGAGCUGGAUUGGUUCCAGACUUGAUUGCUUGCCGAUGCGAUAUCCCACUCGAACGAAGCACCAUCGAAAAGAUCGCAAUGUUCUGUCAAGUUGAAUCCGAACAGGUCAUUGGGGUACACAACGUUAAAUCGACUUACCACGUUCCCUUACUCCUCGAAAGGCAGGGUCUGAUCCCCACACUCAACAGAAUCCUCAACCUCGACGAAAUCACCAUGGCCAAAGCUGUUAUUGAUAAAGGUCAAAGGACAUGGACUGAAUGGAAGUCUCUGACGAGUCAGCAAGAGCGUGUAUUUGACGAUGUUUCCAUUGUUCUUGUCGGCAAAUAUACCACCCUUCACGACUCAUACCUUAGCGUCAUCAAAUCUCUCGAGCAUUCAGCGAUGCGAUGCGGCAAGAAACUCAAUUUAAUCUGGGUCGAUGCUUCGAACCUCGAGGAUGAGGCCAGGAGUGCGAAUCCAGCUGAGUUCCACAAGGCAUGGCAUGAGAUCUGUACUGCAGACGGUAUUCUCGUCCCUGGAGGAUUCGGCCAUCGCGGAACUGAGGGUAUGAUUGCAGCUGCAAAGUGGGCACGUACCAACAAGACACCUUAUUUGGGAAUUUGUCUUGGUAUGCAAAUUGCCGUCAUUGAGUUCGCCCGCAAUGUCUGUGGCAUCACCUCUGCUACUUCAGAGGAGCUGGAUGAAAAGUCAUCUGACAAAGUCAUUGUUUACAUGCCAGAGAUUGACAAGGUGAACCUUGGUGGAACCAUGCGCCUUGGAUUACGUCCAACAGAAUUUCAACCAGGAUCGGAAUGGUCUCGUCUCCGUAAACUUUAUGGCGAGAAAACAACAGUCCACGAACGUCAUCGUCACCGCUAUGAAGUCAAUCCCGAGUAUGUUGACCGACUUCACACUGGUGGCCUUGAAUUUGUAGGAAAGGACGACAAGGGUGAGAGAAUGGAGAUCGUUGAAAUAAAGGAUCAUCCUUGGUACGUGGGUGUACAAUUCCACCCGGAAUACCUCUCCCGAGUCUUGGCUCCAAGUAAAUCGUACUUGGGAUUCGUGGCAGCGGCAUCAGGAUGCUUAGAUCGGGUCACGGAAGAUUGUUUGAAGGCUGAGUUGGCUAAUAGCGUCAACGGGGAUUUGACGAGUGAACCCAAUGGCGUUACUAUCUAA